UCUAGGCCAGUGCAACAACAAAAUUCCAACGCAACACAAGAAUUGUGCGAAAAAAGUGUUUUAAAUUUAACAAAAACCCACGCGUUGUUUUUUAAUUCGUUUCCCGCAGUUCGGUGUGUUGAAUACGUGAGUUUAUCUUAUCUGUGUGUGCGCUAAAAACACACCAAUACCACGACACCCCUUCGUUCUUUCGCGUCCCUUUCUCCCACUCUUCUUCUUCUAAAACUGUGUCAAAUCAGCAAAAACAACAACCACAUCCAAAUAGAACAGUGCUGAGUGCGUGUGUGUGUGUGUUUUGAAUGCACAAAUUGAUAAGAAAUUUGAUUCAAUUUAAUCUACUUUAAAUUGCGUUGAAUCAGGGCAAGCGACAACCCCAAAAUAAAUAUAAAUAAUAAAUUAGUAAUCCGUAUAAAUAGAAUACCCUUGGGCGUGAUUUUGGUGUGUGCAUAAUUAAUUCAAAAGUUCGGUUCCGCAUUUUCGGAAAUCUUAAGGCAGACCGCAACGAAUAAAGCAACAACAAAAGCGGUUUUUGUUUAUUUUUCAAGCUCAAGCGAAUGAAGAAAAAAUCGGCUUCCAAUCAGCUGUUUCUAGCGACCGCCAAGAGCGAGCGAGCGAGAUAGCCGGCGUGCGCGCCAAAACAAAAUAUACAACAACAACAACACCGGCACAGUGGUUCGAAACCUAGCAAAAUUUGUAUACAAACUAUUUAUAUAGGAAAAGGAAAGUUAAACUAAUUUACAUUUUACAUACAUUUGUUAAGUUUUUUUAAAUCGUUUACAUUUAAUACGCGUGUGUCCAAGCAAUAAGUUCGAAAUUUAAAGCAAAUAUAAAAAAUAAGAAAAGUAGUGAAAAAUGAGUGAUGAAACGGGUGAUACGGGCGAGGCAGCUGCUGCUCCUCCGACCCCCCAACCCGCCACCAAUACGGAAGGAUCAAUGGAGGCGCCCGCCUCAAAAAUACCCGCUCCUUCAAGAUCAAAUAUUCCCACGCCCGCAUCAUCAGUCACCGGAAUUCCAACCGCCAGCAAAAUGAAGGUACCUUCCAAUUUUGGAUCAACGGGUUCCGUGUCCAAGAUCGGAAGACCCUGCUGCAACAACACAGCCCCCAAGACAGGGCCACCACCCAGAGAUACCGCCAGCAUGAGUCGUGAAAGCGAUGACAAUUUAAGUUCGAUCAAUUCGGCUUAUACAGAUCUCUAUCAAGAGACUGUCAGGCGCUUUACGCGAUCCUCGCUCUCACCCACAUCCGAUUGGGACCGCUUUUCGCCCGCUCGCCGCUCGCUAAAAUCGGAGGCUGGAAGUCGCACAUCUUAUGAUUAUUAUCUAGAGGCCACUGGGCGACGUCGCAGCUCAGAUCACAACAGCACUGUGCUGACAGCGAACACCGAGCAGUUCAUCAUUGGCCAGCGGGUAUGGGUCGGAGGCCUUCGGUCCGGACAGAUUGCUUAUAUUGGAGAGACACAUUUUGCACCCGGCGACUGGGCAGGCAUUGUCCUGGAUGAACCCAAUGGCAAAAACGAUGGGUGUGUUUCAGGCAAAAGAUACUUCCAGUGCGAGCCAAAACGCGGCAUUUUCUCGCGGCUCACGCGUCUUACCACAUAUCCCAUGUCCGGAGCCCACACUCCCACAUCGCCUUUGGCCAAGAACUCGCCAGACAGAUCGCGCACAGUCUCCCCAACAGCGAGUAUUCGCAGCUCCAUGCUUCGUAGUCCCGGAAUAGGCGGCAAAAAUGGCCUUACCGUUGGCGACCGUGUGAUUGUCUCCUCUGGCUUUGGCAGUCGUCCUGGCAUCUUGCGUUACCUGGGCGAGACACAGUUUGCUCCUGGCAACUGGUGCGGCGUGGAAUUGGAUGAGGCAAGCGGCAAAAACGAUGGAGCCGUGGAUGGUAUAAGAUACUUCGAGUGCAAGCCCAAAUACGGGGUGUUUGUGCCCAUAGCAAAGGUCACUUUGUCGCCGUCGUCAAAGAAGACGCGUCUGUCUAGGACCGGAUCACGGGAGUCGCUCACCUCGAUCGGCACCAUGAACAGCAUUGCCACCACAAAUACGUCGCGCAUGCGCAUGAAUGCUCAGCAGCGCAAGUCGAUCACGCCAGUUAAGCCCAUAAUAACGACGCCGAAAAGCCAAUUUUCCAUGCAGGAUCUGCUGCGCGAGAAGCAACAACAUGUGGAGCAGUUGAUGGUGGAGCGGGACUUGGACCGCGAGGAUGCACAGAACCAGGCGCUGCAGCUGCAGAAGAACAUCAACGAGCUUAAGGCCAGGAUUGUCGAACUGCAGUCGGAAUUGGGCGAUGAGCGCAAGAAAUCGGAGGAGUUGCAAUUUUGUGGCGAUGAAAUGAAUGCGCAAUCCCAGGUGUACAAGGAAAAGAUACACGAUCUGGAAUCAAAGGUCACCCAACUAGAGUCUGCCACACCCAGUCUUCAAAGUCUUCCGCCACCUGUUCCGCUACCGGAUGACAGUGCCCUCAAGGAGGAGAUUGCUCAGCUGCAGGACAAAUUGAGCGUUCAACAGAAGGAGACUGAAGCCCGAAUAGCUGAGCAGCUGGAGGAAGAACAACGGCUAAGGGAGAACGUAAAGUACCUGCAGGAACAGAAUGCCACGCUGCAGGCUGAACUGGUGUCCAAGGAUGAGUCGCUGGAGAAGUUCUCCCUCUCCGAGGUUGGAAUCGAGAAUCUGCGCAGGGAAUUGGCGCUGCUCAAGGAGGAGAACGAAAAGCAGGCCGAGGAGGCCCAGGCAGACUUCUCCCAAAAACUAGCAGCCAAAACCGAGGAGCUGGAAAAGAUCAACGCCGAAUUGCUGAGCCUGAAGGCCGCCUCCGAUUCCCUGGAAAGCGAGAGGGUCAACAAAACCGACGAAUGUGAAAUACUUCAGACCGAAGUCCGGAUGCGGGAUGAGCAAAUUAAGGAGCUAAACCAACAACUUGAUGAGCUAACCACGCAGUUAAACGUACAAAAGGCCGACAGUUCUGCUCUGGAUGAAAUGCUUCGACAACAAACGGCUGGAAGUGACGAAAAGUCCACUAUUCUUGAGCAAACCCAAAAGGAACUGUUGCAACUCAAGGAGGAGGCUGCCAAGAAGCAGGAGGAAAGAGAUCAACUAGAAAAGCUAUUGACUGAAGCUAAGCAACUUGGGGAUCAAGAGAAACUAGUCAGGGAAAAGGCAGAACAGGAAAUUAGCCAAAUUAAAUUAGAAAAAGAAACAGUAGAUCAGCUUUUGGUAACCAAGCAAACCGAACUUGAAGUCUGCCAGAAGGAACAGACAGAAACAAAGAGUCAACUUGAUGCAAACAAGGAGCUUAAUGCCCAGAAGGAUCUAAAUUUGGUUGAAGCCAAAGAAACUCUGAAAAAACUGCAGCAGCAACUGGAGGAGAAUAGUCAAGUUCAGGCCAAACUGGUAGCUGACCUCGAGGAACAGAAAAUGGAUCAGGAGGCGACCCUUAAAACCAAAGAGCAGGAAUUCCAGAAACUCGAAGCCAAGUCAGCUGAAACCGAAGGACUUCUCAAAACCACACAAAUGCAGUUGGAGCAAUUCCAGCAACAGGCAGCUGCUUCUGGCGAGGAAGGCGCCAAGAACUUGGCCAAACUGCAGGAGGAGAUUAGUCAGCUGAAGUCCCAGGCAGAGAAGACUCAAUCGGACUUGAAAGCCAGUCAAGCGGAUGCGGAAACCAAGGCCAAGAAGCUGGAGACAGCGAAUGUGACAAUUGAACAGGAAACUCAAAAGUUGUCCAAUUUGCAAGAGCAGCUUAGCCAACUUAAAGCCGAGGUGGAUCAGACCAAGUCAGCUCUUAGCUCGAGCCAAACCGAUGUGGAGUCCAGGACUAAGCAACUUGAGGCGGCCAAUGCUGCGCUUGAAAAGGUCAACAAGGAAUACGCCGAAUCCCGAGCGGAAGCCUCGCAUCUGGAGGACCAGAUCAAAGAGAUAACUGAGAAACUGCAUGCUGAGCUCCUGGCAGAGCGAUCCUCAGCCAGCGACCUGCACACCAAGCUUUCCAAGUUCUCUGAGGAAUUGGCCACCGGCAAGAAAGAGCUGAACAGCAAGGCCGAUGUCUGGAGCCAGGAGAUGCUGCAGAAGGAGAAGGAACUCCAGGAUCUUCGUCAGCAACUCCAGUACAGUGAAGAUUCCCAAACUAAACUUAAGGCAGAGGCCGAAAGAAAAGAAUCGUCACUGCAGGAAACCAUCAAAACACUUCAGGAUCAGGUCACCAAAGCAAAGGCGGAAAAUCAAGAGCUUAACAGUGGCACCCAAGAGACAAUCAAGGAUCUACAAGAGCGGCUGGAGAUCACCAACGCCGAGAUCCAGCACAAAGAGAAAAUGGCUGCCGAAGAUGCUCAGAAGAUAGCAGACCUAAAAACGCUCGUGGAAGCCAUUCAGGUGGCCAAUGCCAACAUAUCAGCCACGAAUGCGGAGCUCUCCACAGUCCUGGAGGUCCUUCAAGCGGAGAAAAGCGAAACCAAUCACAUAUUCGAGCUUUUCGAAAUGGAGGCCGACAUGAAUGCCGAGCGUUUGAUUGAGAAACUCACUGGCAUGAAGGAUGAGCUCAAGGAUACCCAUGCCAAGCUGGAUGAGGGGCAGAAAAAGUGCCAGGAACUGGAGAAAAGCUUAGAGCAAGUCACCCAAAGUGAGCAGAGUUUGCAGCAGGAAUCCUUGAACUCGAAAGAGCAACUCAAGGAACUCCAACAAUCCCUGGGAGAACUUCAGGAGUCACUGAAACAAAAAGAUGAACUCGUCCUGGUUUUGGAGGGUAAGCUAAGAGAUGCCAGCUCUGAGUUGGAGGGCACGACAAGCUCCUCCAAGGAAAUCCAAGAGAAACUACAAGAAGCUCAACAGAAAGAGAAGACUUUACAAGAAGAGGGUGCCAAAUUGAGCCAGGAACUGCAACAACUUCAGAUAACCAAAGUCCAACAUGUCGAGUUACUGAAGCAAAAGGAUGAGCUUGUACAGAAUUUAGAGCAGAGACUAAAGGAAAGCAAUACUCACUUGGAAACACAAAGCUCCUCAUCGAAGGAAACCCAAGAAAAACUGGAAGACGCACAGAAGCGGGAAAAGGCCUUGCAGGAGGAAGCUGCCAAAUUAUCGGAGCAACUGCAGCAAGUACAGAAGGCCAAUAGCGAAGUCAACGAUUCCCUGGUGAAAGUCGAGGGACUGGUGAAGGAUUUCGAGGAGAAACUGGAAGCAGCCAGGCAGCAAGUGGAAGCCCAGCAGGCCGCCAACAAGGAGCUGCAGGAUCAGCUUAAGAAAGCUUUGGAAAGCGAGGGAAACCUGCAAGGCAAGUCCCUGGCAGCCGCCGAGCAUCUAACUCAGUUGCAGCAGGCCAAUGGCGAACUCCAGGAAAUGUUGACCAGAAAGGAGGAGACGCUGAAGAACCUGGAGGAAAAUCUAGCAGAAACCAAUUCCCAAUUGAAAACUCAAACGGGCAGCCACAACGAACUGCAGGAUAAGUUGGAACAGGCGCAGCUUAAGGAGAGGAGUCUUCAAGAGGAAACAGCCAAGCUAUUGGAGCAGGUGGAGCAACUGAAGCAGGCCAACGAGGAGCUCCAGAAAUCGCUGAAGCAAAAGCAAACUCUCUUGGAAAAGGGCAAUGAGUUUGAUAACCAGCUGGCGGAGUACCAGAAAGUCAUUGAUGAAAUGGAUGAUACGGCCUCCACCAAGUCCAAGCUGCUGGAACAGCUUCAAAAUAGAGUGGUGGAGCUCGAGGCGGCUCUCCACCAGGCCAACGAAGCCCAAAAGACUGCCAAUCUGGAAACCAAGGAGCUGAGGCGUCAACUGGAAUCGCUGCAGUUGGAGAAGUCUAUGGAGAUUCUAACCCUGAAGACGCAGAUGAAUGGAGCGGGCAGCAGCCAAUUAGGAAAGGGCGAUGCAGUGGAGCCACUAGACAGUGAGACCAGUCUGGCGAAGAUCAACUUCCUCAACUCAAUCAUUGCAGACAUGCAACAGAAGAAUGAUGCCCUUAAGGCCAAAGUCCAGACUCUGGAGACCUUGCCAAUGGAUUUCACCAAACCCCAUGCCUUUGAUGUGUUGACCAAGCGUAAGCCUGCUCCUCGACUUUUCUGCGACAUCUGCGACGAGUUUGAUAAGCACGAGACGGAGGACUGUCCCAUCCAGGCUGGCGAGGAUCGGGAUUACUCCCCACCACCCACCGCCGAGGCCAACAACAACGAGAAGAAGGAACGCAAGCUGCCUGCGCCCAGAAAAUACUGCGAGUCCUGCGAGGUCUUUGGCCACGAUACCAGCGAAUGUGCCGACGAUGAGACCUAUUAGUUUUAGCACAAUUUUUUAAAAAUAAUUGAUAUUUGUUGAUCAGAACUUUUACCUCAGGCGCUUAAACUUCAUUCGCUCUAUUACGAAAAACAUUCUAUUAUUUUAAAUUGUGAUUUUGCGUUCUGUACACAUGCGUGGCUAAUAGUCCAUUUCAAAUUGUUUUUUAUUUAUUUAAUUCGAUAUUAAUGCCU